AGGGGUAUUUGACCGGAGGGAACAUGUCAAAACAAGGCCCAUUGACCGAGCUCCCUGUAAAUGAGUGACGAAGACGUGCACAGAGUACCCUGGUAACUUGUGUUUCCUCGCUGUAAUGGCAUUGGUUGGCUCAACGAGGAAUCUUUAAGAGCCUGGGCUUCAUGGAGAUGGCUUGUUAUUUCGGUCAGACCCUGUGGGCUUAAUGCAUUGGAAAGAAACAGCAGACCAUGUAAACUCUCCCAGUUCAUGACUCAGUUGAAUGAAUGACUGUUGCUGAUGCAACUUGUGGCAGCCCAUAUCACGCGCUUCCUCAAAUUCCAUCUGAUAUUGAGACUUGAAUGUCGCCUCUCAUCACAGCCUCAGCAGCUUUCUCUAACUUAGGCCCUGGGCAGACACAGGGCAUCCUCCGGCAGCCCCAGCUCCAGGGGCUCCAGCGUGGGCGCAGAGGCCUCGGGGAGCCCUGGGGCCCCCAGCGGAUCCAGGACCGGGAUGAGCCGACGGGCCAGGCUGGAGGGUAUGUGGCUGGGUGGGGAGGAGCAGAAGGGCGGCUUCCUUCACAAGCCGUCUCAGGGGUGGCUGCACCCUGACAAGAAGAUCACCAGCACAGGGGCUACCUACAUUGUUAGGUACAUGGGCUGCAUUGAGGUCCAGAAGUCAAUGCGCUCCCUGGAUUUCAACACGCGGACUCAGGUGACCAGGGAGGCCAUCAACAGGUUGUGUGAAACGGUGCCGGGGGGCAAAGGUGCCUGGAAAAGGAAGAGCGCAAACAAGGCCCUGCAGUCCAUCAUGGGGAAAAGUAACCUGCGGUUUGCUGGCAUGAGCAUUGCCGUCAACAUCUCCAUAGAGGGCCUGAGCCUGGUCAUCCCAACCUCACGGCAGGUGAUUGCGCAUCACCCCAUGCAAUCCAUUUCCUUUGCUUCCGGAGGUGACACGGAUACACCAGAUUAUGUCGCUUAUGUGGCCAAAGACCCUGUCAAUCAAAGAGCAUGUCACAUUCUGGAGUGCUGUGAUGGACUGGCUCAGAGCGUCAUCAGCACCAUCGGCCAGGCCUUUGAGCUGCAGUUCAAACAGUACCUCCACAGCCCCCCCAAAGCCAUCCACACAGCAGAGAGAGUCAUCCGCACGGAGGAGUCUGCGUGGGGGGAAGACGAGGAGUCGUCGGAGCACGACUACUACAACAGCAUCCCCGGCAAGGAGCCGCCACUAGGGGGCGUGGUGGACUCCCGGCUACGCCACACCCCGAGCCACGUCCAGAACAGAACAUCACAGAUGGGCUCCCCGGGCAGGAGAGACACCGCCGUCGCCGCUGCCUCCUCCUGCUCCUCCUCCUCCACCACCUCCUCCCUCCCUGCAUCACAGAUCUGUAGUGAGCUGCACUGGGACACAGAGACCAACGGCGGCUCAGGGUUGACGUCAGACGGGUACCUGCGAGCUGAUGGCCACCCCCCUGGAAGUCGGGACUACGAGGAGCACCUGUAUGUCAACACCCAGAACCUGGACAACCUGGAGAACGCAGCCAAUGGUGGGAGAGGGGUCCGGGGACCAGAGAGCCCCAAGAAAGAUAUUUUUGAUAUGAGGCCGUUUGAGGACGCGCUGCGUCUGCACGAGGCGGCGGGCGUGUGCGUGCUGGAGGACUGCUGGCCGAGCCCGCCUCGUCGCCGCGCCCCCGUGGCCCCCACCGAGGAGCAGCUGCGCGGGGAGGCCUGGUACCACGGCCGCAUGAGCCGCCGCGACGCCGAGAGGCUGCUGGUGCGCGACGGCGACUUCCUGGUGCGCGACAGCGCCACCAACCCAGGCCAGUACGUGCUGACGGGCAUGCACUGCGGCCUGCCCAAGCACCUGCUGCUGGUUGACCCGGAGGGAGUGGUCCGCACCAAAGAUAUGCUGUUCGAGAGCAUCAGUCACCUGAUCAACUACCACCUCCGCAACGAGCUGCCCAUCGUGGCAGCCGAGAGCGAGCUGCACCUGCAGCAGGUGGUCUGUCGCAAGCUGUGACCACGCCACACCACACCCGUCUCACACAGGUGACAGACGUCCACCCCUCCCAGUGGCUGUGAGAAGCUCCUCAUCCUAAACAGACUCUUUGCCUACAAAGGCUUAACACACACACAUACACACACACAUACACACACACACACACACACACACACACACACACACACACACACACACACACACACACACACACACACACACACACACACACACACACACACACACAGAUACAGUACCUCCGCAUGGCCUCGCUAUAAGCUAACAAGUGCUGUGAUGACCCGUGGCCCCGUGUCUGCCACCCACAGAACAGUGAGACAAGAGGGGGCAGAUACAGUAGUACCCUUAAUCACACACACACACACACACACACACACACACACACACACACACACACACACACACACACACACACUCACACACACACACACACACACACACAGAUACUGUACAUACAUACACACACACACACACACACACACACACACACACACACACACACACACAUACACACAGAUAAAAUUGGCUGAAUAUCUGACUGAUACCUGGUUGCUACUAACUAACUCACUGAAGGAUCCUGCAAAGUGUGCACCUCUACUUUCAGACUGUUACCAGGUUACUUGGAAAUAUGAGGAAGUCUUUUUCUGGAAGUAUAAAGUCUGUUCCUAGAAAUUUCCAAAAUAAUUUCAUUCAUUUGUCAAGGCUUUCACCCAUGACCAGAGACAUUCCAUAGUGUAAUUAAAUCAUUUAGUCAAUGGUAACACAUGAUGGCUGUCAUGGUAGCUGCCUAGUGCCAUGAAAACCAACGGACUGAUUGACAAUGACAUCAAUCAGUGACCAGGAGACACAUUCUUGAUGUUAUUUUUUGCUGGAUGCACAGUACUUCUACAAAAAGUCUAUCCACGUUAAACCAUCUCAGGAUGCUGGCUUUAAGUUGGUUUGAGCCUCUUGGCUGGCUGAACAUGUUUAAUUUAUUACAGAGUGGGUACUUUUCUGUGAUAUUAGAUCAAAAACGAUAUUCUAUGUUAUUAAAUCCAUCCUGUGUUAUCGCUGAAUCACUUCUGAUAUUCUACGGCCUCAGGACCAGACAAUAGAGGAAGUCUUUCUAUCAUAAUUUAUGGUUCUCUCUCUAGAAGAACUUGUCGAUGUUCUGCUGCAGACGUUCUAGCUAGCAGAGAGUACAAUCAUGUAUGUAACCGAUUGGAAACAUCAGAAGGACACUACUGAUGUUUUCAUCUAGAAGUUCUAGCUCCCCCCACUUCCUGUUCACAUCCUUUUGUAAAGUUCAGCUCGUGGCGUCGGUACCCCAGAUGGCCCGGUUUUCCUGUCAGGGCAUCUUGUACUUGGUUUAACCCUUUCUUGGUACCUCAGCUAACCUAUUGCAAUGCCGUGGUUCAGACAGUAUGACACCACCCGCUUGUCUCUAACUACCAAUAAGUGCUAUACUCAGCCAUGCCCAGUGUUCCUAAUACAGCACAUGUAGACGGCUGUACAGACUCCUAUUGACUCACUCAAGUGUUAAAAUAGUCCAGUGCCUUAAGUAUACACAUAGGGUAUGUUUUUGCUGAACGUCAUGUUUUUUUGUUUGUCCAUCUGUGCUGCUCAUGAUGGUGAUGUGAAGGUUCGUUUAUUGGGUGAAUACACCGAUCGCGAGUAAAGGGAGCACUCAUCAGUCCUACUGAUAGUUGUUUAUUGUCUGCUGGACAAUGGCCACACUGUGACCAUGGAGAUUGAGUCCAUAUGGAUACACAAUCAGAACACAGUCACACACACACACACACACACACAGACACACACACACACAGAGAGAGAAAGACACACACACACACACACACACACACACACACACACACACACACACACACACACACACACACACACACACACACACACACACACACACACACACACACAGGAAGUGCACCACCAUUUUAUCACUCUUCCUUUGACUCCUUCCUUUGCUUUUCAGUGGAGCUGCAUUGCCUGUGGCAGCAUGUUCAACCGACCAGAGAAUGACUGAUAGGUUAUAGCCCUGUGUGAUUGAUCAGGUACGGCUGUGUGAGUGUGCAUGUGUGUCAUGUGAGAGAGGGAAGGGAGGGUUCUCUCUGCAACGUCAGCUUUCUUUUAGCCUAGCAUAGGGAUGAGAGAAAUGAUAUAAUUUAUAGUUGCUUCCUCAGGACUUUCUUGAAUCUGCUCCCCUUCCAACCUAAUGUCUUUUCAAUAAAAGGAUGAUAA